UGAAGCACCUUCAACUUCAAGCUCAAGCACAAAGCUUUAAACUUUUCCCAAUCCUCAUUAUGGGCGAACGCAAAGCAAAUCCAAAAAUGCGAAAUAGAAAGCGAAAACACACCACCGUUGCCGCCACUGCCGCCACCACCACCACCACCACCAACAACAACGACGACGAACUCCAAAAACCUCCCAAACUUCCCCGGACUGAUUCUUCAGCCAAACCCGUGGAGUUUGCGCCUCCAUGGAAAAAUCUCCAAUUCAUAAACUGCAUUCAAGACAAAAGCCUUCACCUUCGCAGUAAGGUAGAAUCAGCGUUCAAUUUUGUGAAUUCAAGAGUUGGUGAUGGUGAUGGUGAUGACUCUGAAACCAUAAAACUACCAAGACUACUAUGUUUCCUCAAUGAUUGGAUACAAUCACUGUUGUUUCCUUCAGAUAAGAAGCCUCAUGCUGAUGGGUUUGAUGCUUAUAUUGACAUCCGUUGUUGGGAGAUAUUUAAGUUCUGCUUGCAGGAGUCUUUGAAGUUUCAUGUAACUUUGAACAUGUCAAAGAAUCUCCUGCGGCCAGUAGAGCUUAUUGCCAGAAAUGCUCUCUCACUCCUUGAGGAGUUGUCUGAUUGUUCAGGAGAAACUUUAAUAUCCGAUGAAAGGUUGAAGCUUUAUGAUGCUGCUCUUGAUUGUGUUUCGUUGGUGUUUUCAUCCCAUGGAGGGUUGUCAAAUGAAAAUUUGGGCUUGUGGAUUUCGACAGGGAAGGCAGUGCUUGAGCUUUUAUUGCGAAUGUAUGACAAGAACCUUGAUGGAAGCAAUAUGGGUGAUUUUGCACUACGGUUUCUGUGGUUGGUGCUUCAGCCAUUCUCCAAGUUUUUGAAGGUCCAUCCAGUUAGGCAAAGUAGAUUUCGUGAGUUUGUGGAUGAACUCCUCGAGCUGCUGUUGCAUGUUUCCGGUGAGUUGCAUCUUCGGGUUAAUGGAAGGAGUCCCAUUUGGACGGAAAGAGCAAUGAAGGUGGUGGAAGAAGUUCUUUCCCAUGGACUAUUUCACCCGGUGCUUGUGGAUGAAUUUUUAAGCUUACAUGGUUUACAAAACUAUGUUGCUUCAUGUGAUGAUGCAUCAAAUGAUUCAAAACCAGCUAUUCAGAGUUAUCCUAGACAUUUAUUUGAUGUACUAAACAAAAUUAUAACCAGAAAGAAUGCUAUGGCAAUGGGUAGUGUAGGUUUGUUAUUUCACUCAUUUGUUAAUUCGGCAAGAAAAUUCAAAGGAACUUCAGUGAUGUAUGAAGCAAACAAGACAAUGGAGAAAAUGAAUGAUUCAAGGCAACCCGUACCUGGAGAAAAUAGCAGCUCAAAUAACAUUGGUGCGGACACUCAAAAUUCACUUCUUAACUUUUUUGUACUAAUCAUGGAGCCGUUUUUGCUUGAGAUCAAUACUUGUCUCAAAAGUGAAGUUGAUAGGAAACUCCAGUUGGUGGAUCUUCAUGGUGUACUCAAGUCUAUCAGUAAUUUGCUUGCUAGUUUUAUGCAAGAGAAGGUGUAUGUGAGAACAGAGGACACUUCUGGAGGAGCCUGUCUUAAUUUCUUCAAGAUUAUAUUUAAUUCCCUGAUGAAAACUUCCACUAACAUUCUCAGCCUCUCAAACUAUGAUACAACUAACAGGAAGGAGAUGGAAAUAUAUACUUUAUCAGCUAAUGAGAUAAUAGUUUCUAUGGGAUAUCUUCUGGAGAUUGAAUAUGAGGUUGUUGGAGAAGAGUUGGUGAAUUUAUGGUGCAUUAUGUUGUCAUACUCUUCCAUCAAUUGCAACAUGGUGAAUGUCUUUGACCAAUGUUCAUUAUCUUCGAGUAUACCUGCUCUGGGUUGCCAAAUAAUUAACCUCUACAGUCAACUACGCCAGGUGAGAAUUGCAAUUGUAACAUUGUGCAAAGCAAUAAGGCUUAUUAUAUCUGGUGAGGGUAAUACUGAGGAAUGUUCUUCUAGGUUGACAAUUCUGUCUAAUGAAGUUCAUUAUGAAUCAGUUGAGAAGCUGUUAUCUUCACAGAAGUUUGUCCAUGCAGUUUAUAAGGCUGUUGAAGCUAUUCCAGAAGGGCAAGUGAGUGGAUGUAUUAGACAGAUAACAGAAGAUAUAUCAGAAUCACUUAAUUGGAUGAAGGAUUUCUCUCCAUUGGUUGAUGCUGAAAAAUUGCAAAUUUUUAAUCUGCAAGUGAAACUUUUGGGUGGAGGCCUGUCCAGUUUGUAUUGUUUAGUGCUUGAUUCAGUGAUGGUUACUGAGGGUAACAGCAAUCUUGUUGGAGUGGCUGUAAAAGAAUUAGUGGCAACAUUGCGUUCACACUUGAGUACUCUUGUUGGACAGCAAGGAGAUUCCAUCUGCAAUUUCCUUUCAUCUGUCUUGGGAGGAACUGUUGAUGGGGUGGUUGGAAAGGGAAAGUUUUUGAAGAAAUUUGGUAGGUUCAGCCAAUGGGCCCUUGUGUUCUUCUUUCAGUUGUUUGUGUCCUGCCGAAUCUUACUUAGGCAGGCAAUUAGCCUUAUGCCACCUGGUUUAUCAAAGAAAGUUUCUGCUGAGGUGGGGGAUGUCACAGCAUAUUCCGCCUUUGAGUUGAUGGAGAGGAUUGAUGAGAUAGACACUGGCUAUUUUACUUGGAUUGCUCAGCCUUCUGCUUCCCUCCUUGUUGUUUUGCAAUAUAUUUCAGACAUAUAUCACAAGUAUGGUUCAGAUGAUUCUUGUCCUCUUACAUAUGUAUUUCAAUCAAUGAUUCUUCAGAGGCUUGUUGAUUUGGAUAGGAAUAUUGAACUGCUCAAGUAUUUGCAGAAGAAACGUUACAGAUCCCGAAUCACAGCAUUGAAGGAAGAGGCUGCUGGACUUACUGAUCUUAUGAUGGAAAACUUAUCACGUGUAUAUCAAUCCCCAGUCUUUGAAUCUGAUGAUGUAGCUUGUGAGGAUGUAAUUUUCCUGGGUACACAAAGAAACAGAUGGAAUCGAGGAGUUUAUGUUGCCAACAAAAAUUCAUUGCCAACAGCCAUUUGGUUGAGUCUUUGCAAAAAUGUUGAUAUAUGGGGCAAUCAUGCUUCCAAGAAGCAUUUGAAAAAGUUCUUAUCACAUUUACUUCAUACUUCUCUUCGCUGUGAAAGAAGCAGUUUGCAGGAGUCAGCACUGCAAAAGAUCAAUGAGUGUAACAAGCAGUUUUCAGGAGCCAGGCAUGCAAGAGAUCUUUUCUCACAAAUAUCGUCCCAACUUCUAAGUGAUUCACUUUUAUAUGAACAGAAAUUUAUCCACAGGAAUCUGGCCUCAAGAUUUUGCCAUGCCUUAGAGAAAGCUGUACAGCCGUUAUUUAGUAAUUUUGCAAAUACUAAUCUCAAUCUUCAGAGAUCACCUAAUUGGCUUGAGUAUUUGAGUGCUAUUGACAAGUCGACUGUGGUUCGUGAUGAAGAUAUCAGCAUAGAAGAAAAGACCAAAUCUAUUACCAACAAAAGUUUCACAGUUUGCCACCAUUUGCUCAAUCUAUUGUGUUCAAUGCCGUAUAUAAAUGCAAGUUCAUUUUCAUGCCUUGUGACUUGUAUUUUCAACCUUGAAAGGCUUCUUGUCAGUGCCUUAGUAUAUUUUUGGAGUUCAGGGCACCAGGAUUAUUUUUGUAAGUAUUUGAGAUUAUUUGUAGUUUGCAGGAAGGCCUUAAGGCAUGUAAUAAUGGGAUUUUGUGAGAAGACAGACACUAUCCAAUCGUCAACUGACUCGAUUAUUUCUGAAGGUUCAUUUCCUGUUUUGUGGCUUUCAAAGUCAUUAUCUGUGAUUGUUGGAAUUAAAGAAGCCUUCUCAGCAGAAAAUUCUAUUCUAUUUAAAUCUCUGAUCUGUUCUUUAAUGGAUCACACAUCAUACAUAUUGGCGGGGAUAAUAAAAUAUCAAAUUAUUCAUGGAGUUUCCAUUGAUAAAGAAGCUGGGGAUCUUUGUGAAGAGAUCUCCAAUGAUUCUAGCAAUGAAAAUGAUUCUUUGCUUCCAUCUUCUCAGCAUCUAGAUUCUGCCAAGCUUGAGGCAUUGAAAUGCUUAACCCUUAUUUGUAAGAAUUUGAAAGAGCAGACACAAAGCUUGGUUGUUUUGCAGAAGGAUGUUACUUGGGCCAAUGAGCGAAUGAAUCUUCCUUAUGCGGAUAUAAAUAGAUUGUCUUCUGCAAUUUCUUGCUAUAUUGGAAUUUUAGGGGGACUCACAUCUGGCAUGGGCCAAACAGAUGCAAGUAGUAGUGAACCUAAAAUAUUGUUGUGGAAAGAUCUUGUGGAGCUUGUUGAUUUUCUUGUAAGCAGAUUGCUUGUCCACAAUAAUCAACUCCCAGAAAGUUUUUGUGACAAAAGUUUUGAGAAACCAGUCAACAAAUUUUUGUUGGGUACAAAACAUUGUUCACUUGAAAGCUCAGUUUCCAAGGCUGAUAACUUACCUGGUACACAAGACGAAUCUAAAGGCACGACUUGUUCCACUUCAUCAGCAACUGAUAAUGUCUCUAAUAUUGUUGGUGAUAUUGGAAAGAUGUUGAACUCAGAAAGUAAAAGCUAUGUUGCCAGUGUUUUGAAUAAGCCUUUGUUACAUAGCUUUCUAAAAGGUAGUCAUCCUGAAGUAGCAUUUUUACUUAGGCAACUUUUAAUUGCCUCCUCAUUUCUUUUGAGGCUAAAUGUGAUGGAAGGCAAUUCUUCUUUGCUUUCAAGUUUUGUACCUACUUUCAUUGAAAUUUCACAAGUCCUGUUGUUAGAAUUUACUGAGAUGGUCGAAGUUCCACAAGAAUCGGCUUUUCUAUUGUUAGAUGGUGUUCUGAGCUAUCUGAGAGAAUUAGCCAGUUUUUUCUCCUUCACGGAACCAACCUCAUCUAGUAAUGUUCAUACAAAAUUGGUACAGAUUCUUAUGAGGGCAAUUGGGAAGACCAUAUUGCUGCAAGGAAAAAGGGCAACACUAACGUUUCAUGAAAGACAGUCAAGCACCAAGACACUUCAUAAAGCAUCAUCUGAAGCAUAUUCUUAUAGUGAAAUGUACUGCUUUUACUUGGAUGAAUUUAAAACCAGGCUUCGCACAUCAUUCAAAUCAUAUAUUAUGAGCCCAUCAGAGUUGCAUCUUUUAUCUACUAUACAGGACAUUGAGAGAGCUCUGGUUGGAGUACGAGAAGAAUGUUCCAUGAUCUAUGACUUAGAAACCAGUAAAAAUGGUGGAAAAUGUUCGUCACUUGUUGCAGCUGGAAUUGAUUGCUUUGAUAUGAUUCUUGAAUUUGUUUCAGGUCGGAAAGGCUUGAAGCUGAUUAAAAGACACUGUCAGGGCUUAGUACCUGCUCUUUUCAACAUUAUUGUGCAUUUGAAGAGCCCGCUUAUUUUUUAUGCGACAUCUGGAACAGUUGCCAGCAACCUGGAUCCAGGUCCAGCCAUACUUAUGUGUGUUGAAGUGCUCGUUACAGUUUCAAGGAAACAUGCUGUAUUUCCCAUGGAUGUGUGGCAUGUAGGUCACUUGUUACAUAUUCCAGGUGUAAUCUUUCAGGAUUUCAAUCAGCUUAAAAUUUCUAAAGCUUCCGGUCAACCAGAUUCCUCAGUGAUUUUGGAAGACCAAAUUCCUCAGCAAGUAGAGGGAGUGAACUUCUCUCAUGUAGAUCGGCAGUUUACAAUUCACCUAUUUGUUGCCUGUUGUCAGCUAUUGUGUACCACAAUUAGGCAUCGCCUGAGUGAGUGCAAGCAGUGUGUUGCCCAUCUUGAAGCUUCUGUUGCUGUUCUUCUUAAUUGUUUGGAGACAGUAGUGGAUAAUGAAUCAACAGUAAACAAAGGUUGCUUUUCAUGGGAAAUUGAUGAGGGAGUGAAAUGUGCUUGUUUUCUGCGGAGGGUAUUUGAAGAGAUAAGACAGCAAAAAGAUAUAUUCGGCCGGCAAUGUUCUCUGUUCUUAUCCAACUAUAUAUGGGUUUACACAGGUUAUGGUCCAAAAAGAGGUGGCAUCAGAAGAGAAAUUGAUGAAGCUCUAAGACCCGGUAUCUAUGCUUUGAUAGAUAUUUGUUCAGUUGAUGAUCUUCAAUAUCUUCAUACUGUUUUUGGGGAGGGACCUUGCAGAAAUACCCUAGCAAGUCUACAACAUGAUUACAAACUCAAUUUCAAAUAUGAGGGAAAAGUUUAACUUGGGAAAUUCCUUUGGUGAUCAUCAAAGCCCCUUAAUGGGUUACUAUUACUGUAAACCCAGGCCUUAUGAUUCUCACACCUCAAAUGUUGUGCUGAUGUUGGUGGUGGCCUUGAUUCUUCUGUGCAUACCAUGGCUCUUCACAAGGGAACCAGAGGUGGUUGUUGUAGAACCAAUAAAUUGGUCACCGGUCGUCGCAGCAAUACUUGCAGUACUGAUCCUAAUUUUGGUGUCACUGAUGGGAACUCCUAGGAG